AUGGACGCCCUACCGCCUGAAAUUCUUAUCGACAUCCUUUCAAGACUGCCCGUAAAUUCAAUUUGUUGCAUCAGAUGUGUAUCUAAGGCCUUGUUAAAGAUGGUUGACGACCUCUCUUUCGCCACACUGGACAUGCGGCGUCGUUUUCUAACUACUUGUUCUACUCCACGACUUGUUGUUCUUAAUGAGUCUUCCUAUGACAAAUAUGACAUGUUGUAUCCAGUGACGUACGACGGCCACUACUUAUUGACAAAGAGCAAAGACGCAAUUGUUUCCUAUUUUGAAUCCAAACGGCGUUUUUAUUCGUUUGCUUUUGUUUUCUGCAACUUGUUUGGCUUUACUGGUCUUAAUCCGAAGCGUGGAAGGUCAUGCUUGUUGGUGAAUCCUUUCAAGGGAGAGGUUCUAAUGCUCCCAUCUGCAAGUGACGUCCAAGUUCCAGCCAAUUGUCUUUGCACUGUUGAUAUGUACAGCAUGGGAUUUGAUAAUAUAACCAACAGCUUCAAGGUUCUACGUGUUUCCACCAAUAAAAAAGACUACUUGGCCGCCGAAGUUCUUGUAUUGGGGAAGAGCUCAUGGCGGGAGUUGCCCACGGUUCCUCCUUGCUUUCCAACCUACAAGUCCGUUUAUGCACAUGGAGACAUGCAUUGUUUGGUCUAUGGAGAUUACGCGUCUUCUGCACGUAUACUUUCUUUCGACUUUAAAAAAGAAGAGUUCUAUUUGACUCCUCUUCCCACCCCUUUGGAGAAAGACCCAGAUCUCUGGAAAUGUCUUCACUUGAUUAAUUUUAGGGGAUCUAUGGCCUUGGUGUAUGCUUCUUCACCAGAAGAUGAAUAUGUGAAGAUGUGGGGAUAUAGACAAUGUGUUGAGGUAUGGGGAUUGAAAAAUUGCGAUAACAAAGAGUGGGAGCUAAAAUAUAAAAUAGAUACAAAACAAGAUCUUCCUAUACAUUGGGAGCAUACUAGUUUUUCUAAGUGCGGCGAAUGGGAUCACGGCAUAUAUUUGAACCAGGAGGGUUCUUUCAAUAACUGUAUAUUCUUUGUGCAUCUAGGAGAUGGUUCCAUGGAGUGUGUGCUACUCAAGGGUCAAUUGAUAGUCCAUAGUUGUACCGGCAGUAUGAUUUCUCUAAAUAAUUGUGGAGAUUUGGUUGAAGCUGAAGAAGAACAAGGUAUUACUGAAUUUCCCAUGCCUCGAAAAACUUGGAGAAAUCUGAUUAAUGCUGCAGAAAUAAGUGGAAGAGAUUUGUGUUACUUGAAAACACAGACGGAGUCCGCAUCUAUUUCUUUGGAUUGGAAUGACAUUUAUUUUUCAGAAUUAUAA